AAUUUUUUUUUAAGGCUGGACUCCGUGGGUUCCGCCGGGGCGGGCCGAGGCGGGCCGUGAACUGACCUGGGGUGGAACGCCUCGGAGGUUGCGGCGGGCAGGCCUGUGUCUCCCGCCCAGGGGAGGGGUGGUGGCUGCCCCGGGGCCUUCUCAGACCGCCCCAAGACACAAAAGGCUUGGCGGGGGCGUUGUCCCCGCACGCCCCGAACCCGGGCCCCGGGGCGCCGGAGUGAGCGGCCCGGCCUAGGCGGGGCCGCCCGAGCACCAGCCCCGGUGUUCGCCCCCGCUCCUCCGCGCGGUGCAAAACUCUGGUUAGCUAGCUUUGCAUCACACUCUGGUUCUAUCAUUUCAAAAAAGUCUCGACCUCUUGGGCCCUCAGCCCGAGAGCCGGCCUAGGCUGUGCGUAUCUGGGUACCGGGUCCGCUGGAGCGUCUCAGCACAGCAGGUCCGGCGCCACCGCCCCGGAGCAUCGGAAAUAUGCGGAGCAGGAGCAAUUCCGGGGUCCGCCUGGACGGGUACGCGCGACUGGUGCAGCAAACCAUCCUUUGUUACCAGAAUCCUGUCACGGGGCUGCUGUCAGCUAGCCAUGAGCAGAAGGAUGCCUGGGUGCGGGACAACAUCUACAGCAUCCUGGCUGUGUGGGGCCUGGGAAUGGCCUACCGCAAGAAUGCCGACCGUGAUGAGGACAAGGCCAAGGCCUAUGAGCUGGAACAGAACGUGGUGAAACUGAUGCGGGGGCUUCUCCAGUGCAUGAUGAGACAGGUGGAUAAGGUGGAGAAGUUCAAGCACACACAGAGCACCAAGGACAGCCUGCACGCCAAGUACAACACUGCCACCUUCAGCACCGUGGUGGGCGACGACCAGUGGGGCCACCUUCAGGUGGAUGCCACCUCCCUCUUCCUCCUCUUCCUUGCCCAGAUGACUGCCUCAGGCUUACGUAUUAUUUUCACCCUUGAUGAGGUGGCCUUCGUACAGAAUCUUGUUUUUUACAUAGAAGCUGCAUAUAAAGUCGCUGAUUAUGGCAUGUGGGAACGUGGAGAUAAGACGAACCAGGGCAUACCAGAAUUGAAUGCAAGCUCUGUCGGAAUGGCCAAGGCGGCACUUGAGGCAAUUGAUGAACUGGACCUUUUUGGAGCUCAUGGAGGACGCAAGUCAGUGAUCCAUGUCCUGCCAGAUGAGGUCGAGCAUUGCCAGUCCAUCCUGUUCUCCAUGUUGCCAAGAGCAUCAACGUCUAAAGAGAUUGACGCUGGGCUGCUUUCCAUUAUUUCUUUCCCAGCCUUUGCAGUGGAAGAUGUCAGCCUUGUGAAUGUGACAAAAAAUGAAAUUAUUUCCAAGCUCCAGGGUCGUUACGGAUGUUGCCGCUUCCUUCGAGACGGUUAUAAAACCCCGAGAGAGGACCCAAACCGAUUGCAUUAUGAUCCCGCGGAACUCAAACUCUUUGAAAACAUCGAAUGUGAGUGGCCUGUGUUCUGGACAUAUUUCAUAAUUGACGGAGUCUUCAACAAAGACGCUGUUCAGGUCCAAGAGUACCAAGAGGCCCUGGAGGGAAUAUUAAUCAGAGGCAAGAAUGGGAUCCACUUGGUUCCAGAACUGUAUGCCAUUCCACCUAACAAGGUAGACGAAGAAUAUAAGAACCCUCACACAGUGGACAGAAUACCUCUGGGGAAGCUGCCUCAUCUGUGGGGUCAGUCCUUGUACAUCCUCAGCACGCUGCUGGCAGAGGGAUUCCUUGCCACUGGUGAAAUUGAUCCCCUAAAUAGAAGAUUUUCCACUUCAGUCAAACCUGAUGUUGUAGUACAAGUCACUGUCUUGGCAGAAAACAAUCACAUUAAGGAGUUGUUGAGGAAACAUGGGAUAAGCGUUCAGAGUAUUGCUGACAUUCAUCCGAUUCGCGUCCAGCCUGGCCGGAUUCUGAGCCACAUAUAUGCCAAGCUUGGACGAAACAAGAAUAUGAAAUUGAGUGGGCGACCAUAUCGGCAUAUUGGUGUCCUUGGCACAUCUAAACUCUAUGUGAUUAGGAACCAGAUCUUUACUUUCACACCCCAGUUCACCGACCAGCAUCACUUCUACUUGGCCCUGGACAACGAGAUGAUCGUGGAGAUGCUGCGGAUUGAGCUGGCCUACCUGUGCACCUGCUGGCGGAUGACGGGCAGACCCAUGCUCACGUUCCCCAUCACCCACACCAUGCUCACAAAUGAUGGUGCCGACAUCCAUUCUGCAGUUCUGUCUACAAUUAGAAAACUAGAAGAUGGCUAUUUUGGAGGAGCAAGAGUGAAAUUAGGGAACCUUGCAGAAUUUCUCACCACCUCAUUCUACACAUACCUGACCUUCCUGGACCCUGACUGUGAUGAGAAGUUGUUUGAUGAUGCCAGCGAAGGAAGCUUCAGUCCUGACAGUGAUUCUGAAAUAGGAGGGUAUUUAGAAGACAACUGUAAUCGAGAAAGCCAAGAUGAAUUUGAUCAGUAUAUCAACCACCUGCUGCAAAGCACAUCUUUGAAGUGCUAUCUGCCCCCUCUUUGUAAGAAGACAGAAGACCACCAUGUUUUCAGUGCUGUCCAUUCCACUCGGGAUAUACUUUCUGUCGUGGCAAAAGCAAAGGGUUUGGAAAUUCCGUUUGUUCCCAUGGCUUUGCCAACUAAAGUCCUGAGUACCCAUCGUAAAUCACUGAAUCUUGUUGAUUCUCCUCAGCCACUCCUAAAAAAGGCUCCUGAAGGUGAUUUCCAGUGGCCUCGAGAUGACCGUGGUGAUGUGGACUGCGAGAAGCUGGUUGAGCAUCUGAAAGACUGUUCAAACCUACAGGACCAAGCAGACAUCUUGUAUAUUCUUUAUGUAAUAAAGGGCCCCAGCUGGGACACAAAUCUCUCUGGACAGCACGGGGUCACUGUUCACAACCUCCUCAGCGACCUGUAUAAGAAAGCCGGCUUGAACCAAGAGUGGGGUUUGAUUCGCUACAUCUCGGGCCUGCUCAGAAAGAAAGUGGAGGUCCUGGCAGAGGCCUGCACGGACCUGCUGUCACACCAGAAGCAGCUCACGGUGGGCCUGCCCCCCGAGCCCCGGGAGAAGACCAUCUCUGCGCCCCUCCCCCCAGAGGAGCUCACAAAACUCAUCUAUGAAGCCAGCGGGCAAGACAUCAGCAUCGCCGUCCUCACCCAGGAAAUUGUGGUUUACCUGGCCAUGUAUGUCAGGGCCCAGCCCAGCCUCUUUGUGGAGAUGCUCCGACUCCGGAUUGGGCUGAUCAUCCAGGUGAUGGCCACAGAGCUGGCGCGGAGCCUGAACUGCUCAGGAGAAGAAGCUUCUGAAAGUUUGAUGAACCUCAGCCCUUUUGAUAUGAAGAAUCUCCUGCACCAUAUUCUCAGUGGAAAAGAGUUUGGUGUUGAAAGGAGCAUGCGACCUAUCCACUCCGCCACAUCCAGCCCUGCCAUCUCCAUCCAUGAGGUGGGACACACUGGAGUCACCAAAACCGAGAGGAGUGGCAUUAACAGGCUGAGGAGCGAGAUGAAACAGAUGACUAGGCGAUUUAGUGCUGAUGAACAGUUCUUUUCUGUGGGCCAGGCCGUGUCAAGCAGUGCACAUUCCUCCAAGUCUGUGAGGUCCAGCACCCCAUCCUCGCCCACAGGCACAUCAUCGUCAGACUCAGGAGGGCAUCACAUCGGCUGGGGGGAGCGGCAGGGCCAGUGGCUGCGCAGGAGGCGGCUGGAUGGGGCCAUUAACAGGGUCCCUGUGGGAUUCUACCAGAAGGUUUGGAAGAUCCUCCAGAAGUGCCAUGGUCUCUCCAUUGAUGGUUAUGUCCUCCCCUCCUCAGCGACGCGAGAGAUGACCCCGCAUGAAAUAAAGUUCGCUGUCCACGUGGAGUCAGUGCUGAACCGCGUGCCCCAGCCAGAGUACCGGCAGUUGCUGGUGGAAGCGAUCUUGGUGCUGACGCUGCUCUCUGACACGGAGAUGAACAGCCUCGGGGGCAUCAUCCACGUGGACCAGAUCGUGCAAACGGCCAAUCAGCUGUUCCUGCAGGACCAGAUGGCCAUUGGUGCCCUGGACACCCUGGAGAAAGACCAAGCCACAGGGGUUUGCCACUUCUUUUAUGACAGUGCUCCCAGUGGGGCCUACGGGACAAUGACCUACCUAACAAAAGCAGUAGCCUCGCACUUGCAGGAGUUGCUGCCCAACUCCGGCUGCCAGAUGCAAUAGGCUCUUGGCUGUAAGUGGGACUGUGCUCUGAAUCUGUCCCUUGUCCCCUAGCCUCAAUGGGAACCCUCUUCUAUUCCCCAAGACUCCCUAUGUGGUUGCAAAUGCAUGUCUCAUCAGAAAGAUCCCCAGGGAGGAGACGGAGCCCCCGACCUGAAGCCAAUGUACGUUCCAGCCACAGAUGAAGCAAGCUGAUGUUGCCUGUGCUCACCCAGGAAUGCCACGGGAUCAUUUCCUCGGCUCAUUUUGCUGGAGCUGUGUCACAGCAUCUGGUCUCAUAGACUCUGAGGAGGAAUUGGAAAUUGGUCUCUUUCGAGUGCAGAGUGAAUUGAGAAGGCAGCUUUAAUUGGCACUCACAGAGUUCCAGAAAUAGGUUCGAUGAGCUAGUGACACAUCUUGAAGAUGGAAAGAUCCUUCAAGCAGCAGUAGCUAGACAAGCAGACCUUGACAAGGGGAACACCUUGACAGGAUGCAUUCUGUCUGGACCAAACCGUUUACCAAAUACACUUCUAUCUUUCUGUGGAAUUUUGGUUUUGUUGUGCCUUGCUUUCUCUCUUAGCCUCUUGUUUUAUUGGCAUGGCUGUCUUUUCAAGUACCAUAAUUCUCUAUCACCAAGAUUUAGAAAGUUGCUCCCAGUUAAAAUUUGGUUGAUGGUAUUCAAGGAUUUUAUCCUGACAGCCCAUGAAAGAGGGGUUUCUCUUGUCUUAUCAAAAAUCCCACAGCUCCUAGAAUCCAGCAAAAAAAAAAAAAAAGGGAAGGUGAAGCUCCAACUCUUGUAAUAGCUAGGUAAACUACUGUUUUUAGGACUGGCACAGACGAGGGUGUUCUCUUGAGAGGCCUGCACUGGUGAUUUGUAUGAGGGACCAGGCCUACUACCUAGCUGCUCGCUGCCCUCCAGGCGGGCCACCCAGCCCCCAGUGCAGUGUGACCACCUGGCAGGCAAGCCAGUACUUCUUCCCUAUUCUCUGGGUGAACCCAUCAUGUGAGUCAUCAGGUGCCAGGAAAAUUAGGGGUGUAUUCCCACAGAAACAAUGCUUCCCUGUUAUAAAUAGAGCCAGGCUGGGAACUCGAGACCUUUCUGCAGAAGCACUUUCAAGGCACGCAGGUAGGUGUGGUCGGAGGUAUCGCUUGUAGUGUAUCAGGGGCAAGUCUUGCUAAGGUCCUGGUGAAUGGAGUUUCGUUCUAGGCACUGUCUUAUCUUGAGGGGAAAAGGUUUCCGCAAAUCAGUGAGCCUUGAAGGACAAUUAUUCCCCUUGUAGCCAAAUGGGGAACUCUGGUAGGGAGUGAUGCGGAAGAGUCCUGGUGACUCUGCCUCUGAAACGGAAAUGUGGCUAUUGGGCUGUUUCCUCAGCACUUUACAUGGAGGUAGAGAAGAGAAGGUGCUCUAGUUGCUUUGAGGUGACAUCGCUGUACCAGUGCCCUGAGUCAGGAUGCCACACUGAUGGUCACUCUUGAAGGAGAGGUGAGCAGGUGGCCUUGCGCUCCUGACACCUCAGUCAGGAGCCUCUCUUCAGUCUAAGCCGUGCUGCCCCUGGGAGGGACCACCUGGAACACCAUCCCCGUGCACUUAUCCGGGCUUGGUGUACAGGCCCUGUUCACAGGGGGCCACAAUCCUUUAUCUCCUGUCUCUUCGAAACCACAGUCCUUUUCUUGCUAAGGUACAGAGUGGUUUCAUAUCCCUGAAACCUCUAUCAACUUCGGACAUAAUGGACUUCAGCCUCUCUGCUUUCUUCCUUCCCUCUCUCCUCACCCUCCCCUUUCCUAUUGGUGUUGGUACGUAAAACCUUUCUCCUCAGAUUACUAGAUCGUUCCUUCAUUCUUUAACAUAUCUCGAACUCUGUGUGUCAGGUGUGGGAGUACAAAGAUAAAUAAGACGGGACUCAGCCCUCAAGGGCUUCCCCCCAGUGAGGGUGGCUGACCUGGGAAGAUGACCAUACUUCAGUGGGAUGGGGCAC